AUGCUGGGCAAGGCUGCCGAGCUUGGAUGUCCUCCUCACGACCCCGGCUGUCUCUGCUCGCACCCUGACUUCACCAACGGUCUGCGUGACUGCACCAAGGAGGCCUGCCCUGGCGAGAACAUUGAAAAGGUUGUCGAGGAGGGCCAGAAGGCCUGCAAGGACAUGGGCGGUGCUCCAGGAAGCUCCACUGGUGCUCCUACUACCGGCACCGGCUCUGGCACUGCUACCGGAACUCCCACCUCUGGCUCCGGCUCUGAGACCACCGCUCCCCCCACCAGCGGCUCUGGCUCUGCCCCUGCCCCAACCUCCGGUGGCCACUCUACCCCUUACACCACCAUCCCUGCUGGCCCAACCGUCAUCACCUCCGGCACCAAUGUCAUCACCACCAGCCGCCCUGCCACCACUCUCUACACCGAGGUCUCUGGCUCCCAGUCCGGCUCCGAGUCCGGCUCCUCCACUGGCUCUGGCUCCGAGUCCACCUCUGGCCCCGAGCCUACCUCUGCAACCUCCUCCGAGGGUGGCUCCAGCCCAUCCUCCACCGAGGGCAGCGGCGGCAGCGGCGGCAGCGGUGGCAGCGAGACCUCUGGCUCUGGCAACGGCCCAUCCCCAACCCCCUCCCAGGGUAUGGCUCCCAAGGCUACUGGUCUUGGUGUUGCUGGUGCCAUCGGUCUCGUUGCUCUCCUCGCCUUGUAA